CAUCCCAAAAGAAGUAAUUGUGGAUACCGCAUUUGACAGCCAUGGUUCACCAAGCCUAUUGAAAGGCGAAUUCAACUUUCGUUGAGCCUCGUGGCACGCAUGAGCCAGAAGAAAUCUGGGGAACGGAGCUCCAGGCUGGGGAACAUCUCUCCCCAUGGCGUCAGGCGCACUUGUGCAUAAAUAAAUCGCUGAGCCGCCAGUCAGUCGAGUGUCCAGAUCCGAGGAUCACCUCAAACGCCCGUAUCAUUUGAUCACCAUGGCUGGAAUCAAGUAUCCCUACAUUUGGCUGUUCUGUGGCUUUGCUGCUCUGGGGGCCUGCCUAUACGGCUAUGAUGGCGUCUACUUCAACGGCGUGUCGACUCUAGACGUCUUUGUUCGCCAUUUUGGUGAACUGAACUCGGAUGGCGAAUAUGAGAUUUCGCCCUCGCAACUCUCCAUCAUGACCUCAAUGAUCAACGUCGGCGAGCUCGUAGGUUCUUUGACGGCCGCGCCUCUCAACGACUGGUUUGGGCGCAAAGGCGUCUUCUUGACGGGCACAAUCGCCAUCGUUGUCGGCGUGAUUCUACAACUGGUCACUAGCUCGAGCAAUGUCAUGAUCACAGCCGGCCGUGUGAUCCUGGGCUACGGUGUGGGCAACUUCUCGGCCACAUCGCCCCUUUACAUGGGCGAAAUUGCACCCGAAUCUAUGCGCGGCCCGCUCCUCAUGUGCUGGCAGCUCACCCUGUCCGUCUCACAAAUCAUCGCUGCCGCCAUCAACCGUGGCGUGGUCAACAACAAGACCACGUUUGCGUACCGCUUCCCGAUUGGCUUCCAACUACUGUUCCCGGCGGUCAUCAUUUUCGGGAUAUGGUGGGUGCCUGAGUCUCCUCGCUGGCUCUUGCGCAAGGGGAAGAGCGAAAAGGCCCGCAAGGCUCUCCAGCUCCUUCAUCGCGAGGACAAGACAUAUGACCCUCAGCCCAUGAUCAAGGUCAUACAGGACGACCUGGAUCGCGAGAAGGAGAUGGAAGAAGAAGGUGGCUGGUUGCAGCUGCUCACAGACCCCAUUGAACGGCGCAAAGUGAUCUACAGCGCAGGCGCCUUGGUCGCUCAGCAGAUCAACGGCAUUCAGUGGUUUUACUAUUUUGGGACCGUCUUCUCAAAAGCGAUUGGGUUGAGCGACCCGUUCCUGAUGACCCUGAUUGUCUUCAUCAUUCAGGUCUUCGUCGUCUUGGCAGCCGUUUUGCUUGCCAACAAACUCCCUCGUCGCCCCCUGCUCAUGAUCACCACUGGCAUCAUGACGGUGUCCAUCUUCGUCGUCGGGUGUUUGGGUAUUCCAGGCGGCCAGCCCAGCAACACCAUUGGCAAAGUCAUCAUCAGCUUUGUCAUCAUCGAGAUUGUCGCCUUCAACUUUGCAUGGGGCCCCCUCGGGUGGACCAUUGCCUCGGAGAUGGCCGUGGGCCGCAACCGCAACAAAAUCUACGCCAUUGCCGUCGCCGCCUUCUGGAUCACAGUUUGGGUCACCGUCUUCACCCUGCCCUACCUCUACUACUCGGCCAACCUCGGCCCCAAGACGGGCUUCGUCUACACGGGGCUGUGUUUCAUCACCUGGGCGUAUGUGUACUUUUGCGUCGGCGAGGUCACGGGGAGGAGCAUGGAAGAGAUCAAUGGGUUCUUUCGAGAUGGUAUCCCGGCGAGGAAGUGGAGAGAACAGCCAAAGAGGGGUGAGGGUGCCGUCGACAGUGCACACGUGCAAGGCAGUGACGCCAGCGUGGUGGAGGUGGGCAAUAAUGAGAAGGCGUAGGAGGGAAACAUGUUCUGUCGAUUCGUGUAUGAAUAUGAAUUCAACGACUCCAACGAAUGUAUGCUAGAAACAUGAAGGAGGCUCACUCACCUGUACCUAGUACUGCA